GAGGGAGUCCAUCCUUUCGCUCCGAUCUCUCCAAUCACGUGUAGACCAGCAGCUCCGGAUAACGCACCUUUUUCCCCUGAAGUGAACCAUCACCUGCCAAAACUCCAAACUUGUCCUUCUGGAUGUUCAUUCCUCUUUUAAUUAAUUCCUCUUUUCCUUGGAUAGCCAGGAGCCUUCCCCAGCAGCGCGGCAUACGACUGGAGGAGUGAAGGUUGGAAGUUUGACCAAAAAUUCCUGAAAACUGGCCAAAGAAAGGAUUUUCUUCAUUCUACAACUGCUGUUGAGCUUUCAGCUGGAGUCCAGCAGAGGACAGACGCUGAAGACACUCUAAGCCAUCUGAGUCCUGUCGGAGGGUCGGGGAGUGGAAGCCUCCGGAGGGUUCUGCUUUCUCCCAGCUGUGAUUGAUUUGUUGAGGAUGUUGUAGUGAGUUGUGGGGCAGCAGACAGCAGAGGAUAAUGUGACACAGAUGAUGGUUUUGCCGCCUGUGCCAUGCAGAGGGAGAGGCCAGCUCUCGUGAGUGUGUUUGUGUUUCUGUGUUCUGUCAACAUCAUUGCCAUCACCCAAAAACCAUGCAGCAGGGACCUCUACGUGCAGAUCGAGAGCCUGAAGGAGAAAGUCUCCAACAUCUCCAAAAAGUUGCAGCUGAACUGCAGCCUGUACACACCCACCAUGGAAGACUACGAGCAGAUUUGUCCCAGGACCAUGAUGCAAUGUUUUGCUUCUGAAAUGAUCGUCCUCGUGAAUGAGUGGGAGCUCGAGCCCAAGUGGAAAAAAUUGAAUAUAUUGCUGAAUAGACUGGCGUCCAGGAUAAACCAGACAGCGUCAAAGUGUCGUCGGUGUGAGGUCAUGAAGGAGGAAAAUGCAACCACCUUUCUUGAAAAUCUUCUAUGGACUGUUGAGAAAACUAACAGUGACUACUGUUAGGACUUUCAGAAGAGACUGCAUGGCCUGACUUUCUUUUCAUUAGCUUUCUAUUAAACCACCUGCACACAAAUAAAGCGCAGAAUGCAUGAUGUCCAAGCAGCUCGGUGGUAUUUGAGUUACAGCUGGAGGCUAAUGCGGGGUUCUGGGUGGAAAAAGCUUGCUUGUAGUCUCAUAUCAACUCAUCAGCUAACAUAAAUGUCUCACUGAUGAAGUCAUAAAGAAGACACAGUCAGGUCCCAACUAAGCUGCAGUCAGAUGCUGAGAGCACGUUGGUCACUUUAAUGUGCUUUAAAUAUCUGUGUAUUUUUAUCUGCUAAUAAUGAGUAUUAUUAUAUUAAUAAGGCUGGUAUCAAGCAGUUGGACAGUGGGUGAAAAGGGGGUGUUGGGUCAGUGUAUUGGCCUUGGUAAACUGAUGGAAGAACACCGAGGAUGGCAGGAGGACAACAGACCUGUCUACGUAUUUCACAACCACAGACACCAUCACAGAAAUGUGCAACAGUUUCUGAGCAUGUGGGACUUCCUGAGGAUCGCACAACUGGCUCGGUCAAAAGCCACUGCCAGAUUAUUCAUGCAUUAGACAUUACAAUGCAAUGGACAGCUGCAAGGACAUCACUGCUUACCGCCUACUGUGGCCAAAAUAUGCUCCUACACAGCUCUGAUGUAAACCUCAGAAACAUAUAAAGCUUUUUCCACUUUUCUAAUAAGCUCACUCUCUCCCUACUUUGAUCUGAUGCUCCUGUAUUUAGUUCAGUACAAUAAACUUCAUUUUGAAUGUAAGCUGAUACA